CCGCACCCACGACCAGCUGUAUUCCCUGAAUUGCGCUGCGCGACAAUCCCGUUGUCGCGAGGAAGACAGAGAGGGAAAAGAAGCGGCGGAGAAAACCGAGAAAAGUCCGCCUCAAUACAACCCUUCUCUAUCGCUUUCCCCGGAGCGCUUGAGAAAAUGGCGGACGACCUUCGCGCUGCUUGCGAGGCCCAUCGGGGCUCGUAGUCUUUUCUCUGCGCAGAGCCCCAUUGACUUCAAGGCGCCGAGCCCUGAAGAGAGACUACGCUUCCCAGAACCCCACGGGCGAGGCGAGGGACAGACGGGAGCGAAUUGGACGGGAGGGGGGGCGGUUCCAGCUUUCCUCCCCUCCCCCUUCUCCUCACCCUCCGCCUGCGCCGCGGCUGCUGCUGCUGCGUCGGGUAUCAGAGGCACCAGUGGUGCUAGCCUGUGAGAGCCAUGUACAAUGGGAUAGGACUCCCCACUCCCCGGGGCAGUGGCACCAACGGUUACGUGCAGCGCAACCUCUCGGCCGUGCGCCACAAGAAGGAUCGUACUGACUACAAGUCAGAAGAGGAGUUGAGGAAGCUGGAGUCGUCUCUGGUUAAAAAACCCAACCAGGACAUCCUGGACCACGAGCGCAAGCGGAAGGUUGAGCUGAAAUGCUUAGAGCUGGCUGAGCUCAUGGAAGAGCAGGGGUAUGGAGAAGGGGAGAUCCAGGAAAAAGUAGCCACUUUUCGGAUUAUGCUUCUAGAGAAGGAUGUAGCAGUGGUCAAGGAGGGGGAACCGCAGCAGAAGCCAACUGUCACAGAGACCCAUCAGCUGGCUGAGGCCAAUGAGAAGAAGAACGAGAGGCUUCGAGCUGCGUUUGGAAUUAGUGACAACUAUGUGGACGGCAGCUCCUUUGACCCCAACCGCAGGGCCAAGGAGGCAGCGACAGCUGCAGCAGCCAAGCAACUGCAGGAGCAGCAAAAGCAGUACAGUCUUGUCAAAGAGUCCAGCAGCUCCCGCUCACCAUCCCCAAAGCAGAAAAAGAAGAAAAAGAAGAAAGACAGAGGCAGGUCUGAAAGCAGGUCACCUUCUCGGAGAGAGAGGAAGAAAAGCUCAAAGAAAAAGAAACACAGGUCAGAGUCGAAGAAAAGGAAGCACAGGUCUCCAAGUCCCAAGAGCAAACACAAAUCCAAGGAAAAGAAACGAAAGAGGUCCACCAGUGAGUCUGCAUCACAGAAAGGCCGCCGAGAUCGUUCUUCCUCCCCAGAUGGUUCUUCCUCGUCAGAUGCUUCUCGUAGCAGGUCAGGCAGCAUCACUACUCAGAAACGGGGGACCCUAAGACGGCAGAGCAAGUCUCCCUCUGCACCUUCGCGGAAACAAGGAGAAACAGAGGUAGCUCCCAAGAACCUGCCGGAGAGAGAGCGUUCAUCUUCUUCUGAGCCUGUCCGGCGGGGCAGGAGCUCAAGUCCUCGAGAAGGCAGAGAAAAACGGGAGAAAGCCCUGUCCAAGCAUUCUCCGGCACAUGAGAACCGUCAGCGUUCCGCCAGCCCUUUAUCUCCUACCAAAGAGAAAGAAAGAGACAAGGAGAGGAAGUCUGCUCGGCAUGGGGGUCGGAAAUCCACUCCCUCAUUUGAGCGGGAUUCGAGGUUGAAGCGUGGUUCCCCAGUGCCGAAUGAUCCAUCCCGGGAAAAAGCCAUUGGGCACAACUAUCCUUCCUCUAAAGAGGGCAGGUCACCAACCUGUACCUCCCCACCCCCUAAGAAGCAAUCAGAAGAUCGUAAUGGGACUCUCCCACCAUCCAAGGCUAAGAUGUCCCCUGACCAGAAGGAGCAGCUGACAGCUGCCUCAUCUUCUCCUGCUUCUAAGGCCACUGAGGCCAAGUUGAGGAAGGACUCACAUGAUGGGUCUCCACACCAGCGCUCCCGUUCUCCUUCAGAGAGUGGUAGCUGCUCCUCCUCUUCUUCCUCUUCUCCUUCCCCUACAAACAAGCCAACCACAGUUUCCCGCAGCUCUUCCCCAGAGGACCCUCCCAAAAGGCAAGACAAAGAGAAGGUGUCUGCACACAGAGAGAGGUCUAGCUCAUCCCCUGAAAUCUCCCGCUCUGGGCAAAAGCAAUCCGCCAAGACUACAUCUCGACGUGAACUAUCAGGCAGCCCUCCAGCCAGGAACACCAAGUCAAGGGCCAGUCGGAGGGACAAAUCUCUCUCCCAAACGCCCAUUGCUCGCAGAGGUAGAUCUCGGUCCCGCACCCCACCUAAGAGAGGCAGAUCACGUACGCGUACACCUCCAAGGAGGGGAAGAUCUCGCUCUGCUCAGAGACGUGCCCGAUCCCGUUCUCGCACUCCUUUGAGAAGGGCCCGUUCUCGCAGCCCUCAGUGGAGGGGCAGGUCGAGAACACCCCAGCGGUGGGGCAGGUCACGCUCACGUACUCCACCCAGAUGGGGCCGAUCUCGUACCCCUCAGAGGCGUGGCUGGUCCCGUUCUAGAACCCCCCAAAGGCAUGGUUGGUCUAGAAGCAGAAAUAGUGGGAGAUGGGGAAGGUCAAGGACACCACCAAGAAGGGGGAGGUCGCGUUCAAGAACCCCACCAAGAAGAGGCAGGUCUAGAUCAAGAACUCCACCCAGACGAGUAAGAUCUCGAUCUCAACCUAGAAGAGGCCGAUCUAGAACCAGAAGCCCUCCCAGGAGAGGGAGGUCAAGCUCUUCGCCAAGGAGAGAGAAAUCCUUGAUUUCAGCCAGGCGAAGCAGGUCUGUGUCAUCUCCAGAUCGGAAGGCCUCUAGAAUUUCUUCAAGGAGAAGUCGAUCUGACUCUUCCCCCAGAAUAAGAGAAAGGACCAGAAAAGUGCUGAGGCGUAGCCACUCGGGAUCAUCUCCUGAAUUAAGAAGCAGAUUACGAGUGUCUCCCAGGCGCAGUCGAUCUGUAUCGCUUCCAAAGGCCCGAAAGAAAGCUCAGUUGUCUCCUAGGAGGAGUCGUUCAGGUUCAUCUCCAAGAUCAAGGAAGAAAAAAUCAAGAACACCUCCUCGGCGCAGUCGCUCUAGUUCUUCUCCGAGGCUGAGAAAGAAGUCCAGAUUAUCUCCAAGGCGAAGUAGGUCUCGUUCUUUUCCAACACCAAAAAAGAAAUCUAAAUCACCUGCCAGGCGUAGUCAAUCCAGGACACCCCCAGCAGUCAAAAAUAAAUCCAGAAUGUCCCCAAGGAGCAGAUCUGGCUCAUCUCCCAGACUCACAAAGAAGUUUGAGGCUUCAUCAGCAGUUGAAGACAAAACUAAAAUGCCUUCCAGAAGGAGCCGGUCUGGUUCAUCUCCAGCAUUGAGGAGGACAUCUAACUCUCCUGCAAGACGUAGUAGGUCUGGGUCCUCUCCAGAUCUAGAGGAGAGAUUGCCAAGAAGGCGAAACAGGUCUGAGUCUUCGCCAGAAGUUAAAACCAAGUCAAGGUCAGAGUCAUCCCCUGGGCUGAAGAAGGAAGUACGGUCAUCUCCAAGGCAAAGCCGGUCUAGUUCUUCUCAAUCAUCAGCAAGGGAAAACUCUUUAUCACCUCCGAGACAAGCAGCCUCUCCAGAGCCGAAAUCCACACCUCCAUUGCAGCGAAGCAGAUCUGGGAGGUCUCUAGCAGCGAAGGAAAGACCUAGAUCGCCGCAGCUAAGGCAGAGCAGGUCUGGAUCACCUCCCGCUUUGAGGGAGAAAUCUCUCUCUCCUGCGAGACGAACUGCAUCUGGAUCUUCCUCGGAACUGAAGAAGAAAUCAACUUCACCACUGGAGAAGUGCAAAACCGAUUCUUCGGAGCUGAAGAAAUCCAGAUCAUCACCAAGACGAAGCCGGUCAGGCUCCUCACCGUUAAUCAAAGAGCAGUCUAGAUCGCCUCCCAGGAGCAAGUCCAGAUAUUCUCCUGACACAAAGAAAUCUGCAUCACCUUUGAAGCAAGCCAGGUCUGAUCUCUCCCCUCCAGCAGUGAAAGAGAAGUCGAGGUCGCCUGCCAGGAGAAGUGGGUCCCGGUCAUCUCCUGAACUAAAUGGCAAAUCUAAAUCUCCCCCACAGCAAAAUAAAUCCCAAGAAACAAAAGCAAAAUCUGGAUCACCCAGGCAGAACAAAUCGGAAUCUUUGGCAGUAAUGGGGAGAGCUACAUCACCAUGCCGGAAGAGUAAAUCAGGUUCAUCUCUCUCUGGAAAAGAGAAAUCGCAGUCGCCCCCGAGGCAAGGCCAGACUGUACCAUCACCAGGACUUAAGAAGUCCGAGAUUCCAUUGAGGCGAAGUCGGUCUGGAUCUUCUUCCUCCUCCUCCUCGUCAUCCUCUUCCUCCUCCUCUUCUUCCUCCUCUUCUUCAUCAUCGUCUUCUCCAGAGGAUGAUAAAUCACGAUCACCUCCAAAACUAAGCCGCUCUGCUGCGCUGUCAGUCAAGAAGAGCAAAUCUAUACCAUCCCCAACACGCAGCAGGUCAGAUUCCUCUUCAGAACCAGAGAACAUCACAAUUGCAGCCAUCGCAAAGCACAACAGACCUGGAGCUUCUCCGGAAGCCCGAGAGACUUCAAGAACUGCGGUGAUGGGACCUAGAUUGCCCUUGGAGAAGAAAGAGACGCCCAGAGAUGCACCUCGGAGGAGUAGGUCGGGGUCAUAUUCUGGGGCUAAAGAAAAGUCAAGAACGCGCUCCAGUGAGAGUAGUUCAGAAUCCUCCCCAGAACGGAAAGAGAAGUCUGUAAGCAGGUCUGUGUCACCUGUGAGACCGACUGUAAAAUCCAAAACACCUCCACGACGUAGGACAUCAAGGUCGCCACCCAGGCCUAGAGCAAAAUCCAGAACACCACCAAAGCGUGGCAGGUCUGGGUCACCACCAAGACCCAGAGUGAAGUCCAGAACGCCACCAAGACGACGCAGGUCAGGAUCAUCUCCAAGACCCAGAAUUAAGUCUAGAACGCCACCAAGGCGGCGCAGGUCUGGAUCAUCCCCCAGGCCCCGAAUGAAACGCAGGUCUGGAUCCUCUCCACGGGCCAGAGAGAAGUCUAGAACACCGAUUACGAGAAGACGGAGAUCCAUCUCCCCGCUGAGCCCUAAGCGGAAAUCUCGAACACCUCUGAGGCGUGGAAGAUCCAGAUCACUCUCCAGGGAAAGGUCAAACACCAGCAUUCAUCCUCAUCGGUCUCAGUCAUCGUCCCACUGUGACAGACCUAGAACCUCCUUGCGACAGGGGAGAUCUGGUUCCCCCUCACGGAGGAGUCGCUCCCGCUCAUUCUCCAGGAGACGAGACAAGUCUAGGGGCUCGCUCCGGAGGGAGAGGUCUAUCUCCUCCCCAGGCCGAAGCCGCUCAAGGUCCCCAUCUCGCCAGGACAAGCCUCGCUUCCUGUGGAAGGGUGAGCGCUCUGUCUCCUCGCCACGCAGAGGUCAUUCCCAGUCACCAGCACGGAGAGAGAUGUCGAGGCUGUCUCCACAGCGGUCUGCCACCAGUCGGAACGCAUCCCGUUCCCCUCCCAGGUUAGACGCCUCGCGUAUAACAGCAACCUGCAAAGGCACUGGGUCCAGAGCAUCUCCUGAUUUUCAGUCAUCUCCUGUGAGGAAGCAUUCCAGGUCAGGUUCCCGGGAAAUCUGCACCUCUCCAGGAAGGAAAUCUCGCUCCCCUCCUGUGCUGGAGAGAUACCCCAAGUCUGACACCCAGGAGAAGCCAGCAGCCUCCUCCCUUUGGCACAGCAAGAGCAACGCUGCCAUUCCUCGCACUCCAACUCCACCUUGUGAUGGCUCUCCUAAACCGCAAAAAACCCUGUCCCCUGCUCCAUCCAUGCUACGGGAGUCGCCUGCAGUGUCGAAGAAUGGCGGGUUCACGGCCGUCCGAGGCAGCCCAGGAGAUAGGAGUCAGAUCGCGCAUCCUGCUGUGGUUCGAGAUGACACCGUUCCUGGUGCUCCCUUGGUGCCAGGGAGAAGCAAUUCUCAUGCAGGCUCUCCUUCCCCUGUUAAAGCUAGGUCGGCGUCUCCUUCCUCCUCCUCUUCCUCCUCUGCUUCCCCUAGCCCCUUGCCAGCCCUGGUUUCUGUGCUCGCCCCACCUCCCAAAGAAGAGGAGUCUGUACCUGAAGGAAAGGUAGCCGAGAGGCCCGAGGUGCGCCUCCCCACCCUUGAGCCUGAGCCACAGUUGUCUUCUGCCACUGUGGAGGAGAACAACACCAAGAGCAGCUGCCCCCCGGCCCCCCAGCCGGCUGUCCCCUCCCCACCACCCUCUGCCCCCUCGAAAGCGAAGAGAAGUUCAUCUGCUUCGUCCACCACUUCGUCGUCGUCCUCAUCUUCGUCGUCGUCCUCGUCUUCUUCAUCUUCUGAUUCCGAGUCCAGCUCAUCCGAGUCCAGCCCCCACGAUCAGCCAGUAAAGGACCUCGAGGCUGAGAUUGUACUGAAACAGCCACCAAGCCCGGUGCUGAAGGAGGGUCCCCGGGACGAGCGGCCUCCGGAAGUAGGCAAGCGCAAGCGGCGCUCUCGGAGCUCCAGCAGUUCCAGCAGCAGCUCUUCCUCCUCUUCCUCGUCCUCCUCCUCUUCCUCCUCCUCCUCCUCUUCGGCCUCUUCCUCGUCUUCCUCCUCCUCCUCCUCCACAUCGUCGCCUAAGACUGGGCCCCAGGCAGCCGCCAAGGUGGCCCCCAAAAAGAAACCGUCUCCUGAGAAGAGAAAGUCACACAGCCCCCGGAAGCCUAUUGACUCCUUGCGUGACUCGCGCUCCCUCAGCUACUCCCCAGUAGAACGGUGCCUGGUUUCCCCUCCGGUCCAGCCACCUUCUGCUCCAAGGGAUCGACGUAGGGACAGGUCCAGAGACAGAUCUUUGCAGAGAAACAGACGAAGCAUCAGCAGGUCUCCAGGACGGAAACGGCGGCGCAAUUCCCCCGGCCCCCGAGGCCCCCGUCGUAGAACUUCAAGGUCCCCCUAAGCCUCUUGGAGAGUCUGGAAAGCCCUUGCCCUUGCAACCACAGACUGCACCACCCCAGCCUCCCACAGUGCUGUCCCAGGUGGGAGCCCCCUGCCUCCUGAUGCCCACUGGAAACCAGUGUGUUUGCGUGUUGUGGGGGGGGCCCUCUUCAUUUGCCAUCGGCUUUUUAUUCUCAUUAGUUUUUUCCUUCACUGUCCCUGUCUUUAUUGCCCGUCAUUUGUCGGCAGCUACAUUCCCCUCCUCCCUGGACAUUUCUGCUCAGCACCCACCAGGAUCCGCCGCCUCUGCGCUCUUCCUCCUCCUCCUCUUCCUCCUCCUCCUUCAACAGUUGGUGACGUUCAUUUGAUUAUUAUUUUUUCUCUCUCUCCUGUGAGCGUUUUAUUUUCUGUGCGUUUUACAACUAAAAUCUUUACUUCUGUGUUUUGAGAGAGGGGUCUCCUUUUUCGUUGAUUUAGACAUAAAAGGUUUAAAAAAAAGAAAAAGAAAAACACAAAAAG